CCAACCCCUAGGGCGGAUCCAUGGCGCCCCGGACCCUCCUCCUGCUGCUCGCAGGGUCCCUGGCCCUAACUGAGACCCGGGCAGGCUCCCACUCUCUGACGUAUUUCCAAACCGCUGUGUCCCGGCCCGGCCUCGGGGAGCCCCGCUUCUUCGCCGUGGGCUACGUGGACGACACGCAGUUCGUGCGCUUUGACAGCGACUCCGAGAACCCGAGUGCGGAGCCGCGGGCGCUGUGGAUACAGCAGGUGGGGCAGGAGUACUGGGACAGGCAGACACAGAUUUACGAGAACUAUGCACUGGUUGCCCUCGAGGACCUGAAAAUCUUGCGCGGCUACUACAACCAGAGCGAGGCCGACUCUCACACGAUCCAGUGGAUGUACCGCUGCGAGAUCGGGGAGAACGGGCGCUUCCUCCGCGGGUACAGCCAGGACGCCUAUGAUGGCAAAGACUACAUCGCCCUGAAUGAGGACCUGCGUUCCUGGACCGCAGCCGACAUGGCGGCUCAGAAGACCAAGCGCAAGUGGCAGUCGGAAGGUUACACUGAUCGCCACAGGGCCUACCUGGAGGACAGGUGUGUGAAGUGGCUGCGCAGAUACCUGGAGAUGGGGCAGGAGACUCUGCAGCGCACAGACCCACCCACAGCACAUGUGACACACCACCCAGUCUCUGACCACAAGGCCAUCCUGAGGUGCUGGGCCCUCGGCUUCUACCCCAAGGACAUCACACUCACCUGGCACCAAGAUGGGGAGGACCUGACCCAGGACAUGGAGCUGGUGGAGACCAGGCCUGCAGGGGAUGGAACCUUCCAGAAGUGGGCAGCUAUUCAGGUGCCUUCUGGAGAGGAGCAGAGUUACACGUGCCAUGUACAACAUGAGGGGCUGCCUAAGCCCCUCACCGUGAGUUGGAAGCCUCCUCAGCCCACUGUGCCCAUGUGGGGAGUCAUCGCUGGCCUGGUCCUCCUGGCAGCUGUGCUCACUGGAGCUGUGGUCACUGCUGUGAUGAUGAAGAGGAGGAAAAGCUCAGGUGGGAAAGGAGGGAGCUACACUAAGGCUUCAGUGUGAGACAACUACCUUGUU